UUUUAUACAAAAUGUAUCCGACAUGAGACGACGAUGUGGUUGUGAGAGUCUUAGUAGUCCACGCCACUUUCCUGCUUCCAACUAAAAUGGCUGAUGAAGUGAGUAACAGCAGCAGCCGCCCUUUGCUUCCGGCCUCGGCCUCCGCCACCGCUCUUCUUCUUCUAAGCACCUUCGUCGCUGUGUCUGGAUCCUACGUCUUUGGUUGUGCUGUCGGGUUUUCGUCUCCUGCUCAAUCCGGGAUUCUCACCGAUCUUGGCCUCACAUUAUCAGAGUAUUCAUUGUUUGGGUCAAUAUCAACUAUUGGAGCUAUGGUAGGAGCAGUUUUGAGUGGAAAGUUAGCUGAUCUCCUUGGAAGGAAAGGCGCAAUGUGGUUCGCAGAGUUGUUCAAUCUUGUUGGAUGGCUUGCAAUAGCCUUGUCUAAGAAUGCUCUGUGGCUUGAUAUCGGGAGGCUGUCAACAGGAUUUGGGGUCGGACUUCUUUCAUAUGUGGUACCUGUAUAUAUAGCAGAAAUCACGCCUAAGAAUCUUCGAGGAGCAUUUACAGCUGCCAAUCAGGUAAUUCUGUUUCCACGGGCAGUCUUUGUCAUAUUCACAAGUGAGUUAUUAAAUAAAAAAGGCCGUAAUGUCAUUUCAGGAACUAUUCCAUGCCUAAUACAGCUUGUGGGCCUCUUUUUCGUGCCAGAGUCUCCACGAUGGCUGGCUAAGGUUGGUAAAUGGGAUGGUAGUGAAGCAUCUUUGCUGCGCCUUAGGGGGAGGAAUGCUGAUAUUUUUGAAGAAGCAGCUGAAAUCAGAGAAUAUACUAGAUCUCUCGAACAACUGAAGGAAUCUGGCCUAAUGGACUUGUUUCAAAGAAAAUAUGCUCACUCACUUAUAGUUGGGGUAGGGUUAAUGGUUCUGCAACAGUUCGGAGGGGUCAACGCGAUUGCCUACUAUGCAAGUGCUAUAUUUCUGUCAGCAGGCUUUUCGGAUAGAGUAGGAACAACAGCAAUGGUCAUUGUUCAGGUCCCAGUUACUGUUUUAGGGACGCUCUUGAUGGAUAAGUCUGGACGACGCCCUCUACUUCUGGUCUCUGUGGCAGGAACUUUCUUGGGUUGCUUUAUCAUCGGAUUAUCAUUUUUAUUACAGGAUCUCAAGCUUUGGGAUUCAAGUCCCGUUCUUGCACUUGUUGGUGUCUUGAUAUUCGGAGGAUCUUUCUCCUUGGGAAUGGGAGGCAUCCCGUGGGUCAUAAUGUCUGAGAUAUUUCCAAUAAAUGUGAAGGGAGUAGCGGGGAGCAUGGUGACGGUGGUGAACUGGUUGGGUUCAUGGAUCAUUACAUACUCCUUCAACUUUCUAGCGCAGUGGAGCUCAGCAGGCACAUUUUUCAUGUUUGCAGCUGUGUGCGGCGUCACUAUCAUCUUCAUCGUAAAGCUGGUUCCAGAGACCAAAGGUCGCACGCUCGAAGAAAUUCAAGAAUCGAUGCUCUCCUUCAACUAGUUAGUGUUCUUGCCACUCACAGCCUUAUUUAUUUAUUUAUGUUUCUACCAAUCUUUUCAUACACAGAUUGGAUGUAGUUACUGUGACAUGGUAUUAUAUUUGAUGUGUUGGUAUGAAUUGAUGUCUAACCAAUUGUAUGAUCAAGCUCAGAGAAAUAUUAUAAACAGAAACUAAAAUUUGAUCUUGUGGUAAAAUUCCAACUAAUCAAUUUUCAAAAUAAUUAUUCAUACUA